AAUGGUUGAUCUCCUCCCUUCGUACUCUCUGCUCCUCCUCUUCCAGUUUCCUCCAGGACCAUUCAGCAACAAUACGAAGAAUUCUCAUUUCUUCAGCUGAGAGGCCAGAGGGUGCGGAGAGGCUGGAGCAGGGCCCGGCUGACAAGGGUUCCUGUUUUUGCGCCCUGUUCUGCUGACACAGCAGCUCUGGGCUGUUUUCCGCAUUCCAGAUCUAUGUCAUAUUCAAUCGCCCUGGAAGCCUGAGACCUGAGCCGGCCGGUUUCCUUUGCUCCCUAGGUCAGCAUGAAAGGGUUAUUCUACAGACUGACCACCUCCCAGGAUGAGGAGUCAUUUGUAUUUCAGGAAAGGGGACCUGUCCCAUCUCCCAGCGAAUAUCACGUGAAGCUGCAAGUGAAAGCCUGUGCCCUGACUCCUAUCAAUACCAAGCUAAUUUCAGCAUUAUAUCAAAGCAAGGAAUUUGUACCAGUGGGAAGAGAUGUAGCUGGGAUAAUCUUGGAAGUGGGGCCUAAGGUAUCCUUCUUUAAACCAGAUGAUGAAGUUGUAGGAAUUUUGCCUCUUGAUUUUGAAGAGUCCGGCCUUUGUGACGUCAUCUGGGUACAUGAACAUCAUUUAGUUCAUAAACCAGAUAAGGUGAGCUGCGUGGAGGCGGCAGGAACCAUACGAGAUGGAUUGUGCGUCUAUACCGCCCUGCACAGUCUGGCACACCUGGCGCAAGGAAAGUUUGUGCUGGUACUGGAUGGAGCGAGCCCUUUUGGCACACUGGCGAUUCAGCUGUCCCAUCAUAGAGGAGCCACCGUGGUCACAACGGCACACAGCGAGGAGGACAAACAGUACUUGGAUAAAAUAAGGCCCCCUGUAGCUCGUGUUAUAGAUGUGUCCAAAAGCAAUGUUAACCUGACCGAGAAAGGCAUGGAGGAGACCGGAGGACUGGGGUUUGACAUUAUCCUUGAUGCUGGAGCGGUUUUAUACAACACUGAAGACUCGGUGACGAAGCCGAAGCUUCUGCCUCACAAACACGAAAUAAUUUCCCUCCUCGCUGUCGGGGGCCACUGGGUAACCAAAGAACAAUAUCUACAGCUUGACCCGCCGGACAGCAAUAUUCUCUUCCUUAAGAGUGCGUCACUGUCGUAUCUCAACGAGGAAACCUGGAACCUGUCAAGUUCUCAUCAAGGAAAAUAUCUUCAUAUCCUGAAAGAUGUUAUGGACAAACUGGGAGGUGGAAUAUUCAAGCCUUAUUUCGAUGAACAAGUGCCGAUGUAUGAAGCCAAAGUCUUUAUGGAAAUGGUCCAAAGGAAAGAAGUGAAGAAGCGUCUGGUGGUUCAGCUAUGAGAAAGAUGAAUAGGGCAGUGCACCCUGGUUGGAAAACACUGGAAUAAGAUCAUAGGGGGGCCCAUAAUUUGGUUUGUGAUCAAUGAUACUAUAUCCUUUUGUAUAGUGUUGAGAUAUAUACUGUAUGUAUAUGUGUGUGUGUUUAAUGAAAGUGUUAAUGUCAUUAAAAAACAAACACCUUUUGACAUUUC